AUGCCAGAACAGUCCCUGUUCACCCGGUACAAGGCAUGGGUGCGCCGGAAUAACGUCGCCCUGAACCUUUUCGAGACUGGGUUGUCCAGCGCCACCUGGCUGCUGCCGGACCGCUUCAGCGAUGGCGAGUUCUCCUACGAGGCGAUACACACGGCCAUAGGCCUCAUAUCCACCUUCCACGAGUCCAUACUCAGCGGAGCGCACGACAGGGAUGGAGGGGACCUGCUCCUGGCACUGGGCGUCCUCCAGCAGCUGCAGGUCCUGGUGGAGCUCGGCGCGCUGUGGGGUGAGCGCGCCCGGGGACGCAACCGCUACGAUGCCCUGGUGGCCUACGAGGCCCUCAAGGCCGGCGUGCGUGGCUUUGUCCUGCUGCGUUCCCAGGGCCGCAUGCUGCUCCAGGGUGGACUGGGAAACCUGGAGCAGGAAGCCCUGGCCGCCUCCACGUCGGGGCGCCCGGCGGGCGGGCGGCCCACCGAAGUGUUUGACGCCUUUGCCAGGUUCAGGGAGCACCACUGCAGGGCCGCGCUGGAGGAGGAGCGGGGUGAGGGGGCGGGGAAGGGCGACGAGGCAGAUGGACUCGGCGCACGAGGCGCCACGCUGUCCUCUGCCGAGCAAGCGACGAUGGAGGCAGCGUGGCAGGGCGCCGUGGGCGCCGCAGACGCGUCCGCCCCUCUCUGGUGGGACAGGGGCGCCUGCGAGCCUGCCACCGGUGCGGACCCAUCUACAAGUUCCGGCGCCGGCCCCGGCGUCCGGCCGCAGAGCGCGGGCGACGUCGCACGCGCGGCGGCGGCCGCGCAGGCGCGGUCGGCGCGGCUGCUGGCGGCCGCCGAAGCGCUGCACGUGCUCCGCCCCCUGAUCUACGCGGCGACGCUGCGGCGCUGGGGUCGGCGCGCCUGGCGCCCCUGGCUGGCCAGCCUGCUGGUGGACCUGGCCAGCCGCCAGCUCAGCUUUCGUGCGGCCGCCACCUCGCGCCAGGCCGCCUACGCCGCCGCUGCCUCGCCCGCGGUGCAGGGCACCAGCAUGGCGGUGCUGUACCGCCUCCAGGGCAUCAGGUUCACGGCGGCGGAGUCUGAGGAGCUGCUGCGCCGACGCACGAGCCUGCUAUUCUACCUCCUUCGCGAUCCGGUGUUUGCAAGCCACACUCGGCCUGCGCUGGGCAGGCUGGCCGGCAAGCUGGAGCGGGUGCCGCUGGUUGGCUGGGGAGGGGGCCGGCUGCUGGAGAUCCUGGACGGCAUGCAGCAGCUCUACUCCUACACCAGUGCGAGCUGA